UAUACAACGUCGCUGCCAAGCUAACAGUGGCAGCUGCUGCUGAAGUGUUGUGACGUCUCUGAUUUCACCUGUUUCUGUUUGAAAAUAUUCAGUUAGUGAGAGGUGAAAUCAAAGCGCUAGGGUUUAGAGAAUGGUGAUGCGUGAUCCAAUAAUCAGUGAAGAACUAUCUGCUGACGAGUAUGUGGAGGACAAGCCACCACCACCACCCAAUGGGUGUAAGGAAACCUGUUGGCAGUUUCUGAGGUUAUGGAUGACCCGCCUUGGCACACUUCCAAGAGACGUGAGAGCUUUGUUCCGGUAUCUCAAGUUAUUGAGGAAAAUUCGUCAUGCCCAGAAAAACAAUCUUUCUGUGCCCAAAAUUUUCCAAGAAGUUGUGCAAAAAAUGAACAAGGUUGCAUUUUACUUUGAAAAUGAGACUUGGACCUUUAAUCAGGUAGAUGAGUUGAGUAACCGAGUGGGCAACUAUUUUGCGGAAAAGGGUGUGAAGCAUGGUGACGCCAUAGCACUGUUCAUGGAAAAUCGUGUGGAAUAUGUAUGCAUAUGGCUGGGUCUGACCAAGCUUGGAGCUGUGCCAGCAUUGAUCAACUACAACCUGCGACUUGAUUCUUUGAAGCACUGUAUUAGAGUGGCUUCUUGUAAAGCUAUUAUUUGUGGGGCAGAACUUCAGGCAGCCAUUGGUGAUAUAAGAGACUCAGAGGGUAUUGCCAGCCUUCCCUUGCAUGUAUCUGGUGCUGGUGAAGCAGAACUCACUGUUAAAGAUGCUGUGAACAUGGAAGAUGGAAUUCGUUCUUCAGCAUCAACUGUUCCUCCCCAGAUUGAAACUGUAAAAUUUAGUGAUAAGAUGGUGUAUAUCUACACCUCAGGCACGACUGGCAUGCCUAAAGCUGCUGUUAUUAAGCACUCAAGGGCAUACUUUGCAGGAGCAGGUUUCAGCACAUUAGUUGGUGGAACUUCAUCUGAUAUUCUCUAUGGUCCACUACCCUUAUACCACACUACAGGGGGAAUCAUAGGAUUAGGCCACACUCUUUUUACGGGCGGUGCCACUGUCAUAAAACGGAAAUUCUCUGUCACACAAUUCUGGUCUGAUUGUGUGAAGUACAAAUGUACGGCUGCACAGUACAUUGGUGAAAUCUGCCGUUACCUCCUCAACAUGCCAGAGAAACCAGAGGACAAAGGACACCAGAUCCGCUUAAUGUUUGGUAAUGGGCUGCGGCCUAACAUAUGGAAAGAGUUCCAGACGAGGUUUAAUAUCCCCAGGAUUAAUGAGUUCUACGGCUCAACUGAAGGGAAUGCUAAUAUUAUUAAUACGGAUGGCAAACCUGGAGCUGUGGGUUUUGUGUCAGUGCUGUUCCCUAGCGUGUACCCCGUGGCCCUCAUUAAAGUUGACGAAGACACCAGAGAAGUUGUCCGGGAUGAGAAUGGGUUGUGCAUCAUGUGUAAGCCAGGAGAGCCUGGUGAGUUUAUAGGCAAGAUAGUAAAGGAUGAUCCUAUUCGAGACUUCCAUGGAUAUGCUGAUGAGAGUGCAACGAAGAAGAAGGUUGUAAGGGAUGUCUUCGUUAAAGGGGAUUAUGCCUUCCUCUCAGGAGAUAUUCUUGUAAUGGACGAAGAAGGUUACUUGUACUUCAAGGAUCGUACAGGAGAUACAUUCCGCUGGAAAGGUGAAAAUGUGGCAACUAGUGAGGUGGAAGCUGUUGUCUCCAAAGUGGCAGGUCAUGCAGAUGUUGUGGUCUAUGGAGUUGAGGUUCCUGGAGCUGAGGGCCGUGCAGGCAUGGCAGCCAUUUUAGAUCCUGAGGAGAACCUAAACUUGGAGCAACUUUAUUCAGGGGUUGUGAAGGCUCUUGCUGCAUAUGCUCGUCCAUUGUUUGUCAGAACUGCCAAGAAAUUGGAUAUGACUGGAACUUACAAGCUUAAGAAGGUGACCAUCCAAAAGGAAGGCUUUAACCCAAAUAUCAUCCAGGAUAAGUUGUACUUCUUGGAUGUUAAGGCGAAGGCAUAUGUACCUCUUACUAUUGAUCUUUACAACAAGAUUAUCAAUGGGGAAAUCAGAAUUUAAGUUACAGGAAAAAGAAUCGCUGCCACUGUGUAAAAGUAAAAUUUUCCUUGGACACGUCAUUUUUGUAAAUGAACAUCUUGUUUGUAAUUUACAGGAAAAUUUAGCACAGGGAAAACAAAGAUGCUUUGAAACCUUUGUACUUGUAAUGACUGAUAUAUUAUGAUCAUUUGAUCUUCUAGCUCUCCAAUUUUUUAAAUACUGUAUUGAUUAGAGUGUAUGAGUCCGACAUAUAUGCAUUAUGGUAUACUGUACAGUACAUAAAAAAACAAGUUCUAAUGGAAUCUUUAGGAUGAACAUAAUGAAAUAAGGGUAACCAUGUUGCAUUUAGAUGUAGCUACUCCAGAUGCUGUAACUUAAUACCUGCUUCAGGUGACUCACAUAUUACCAGCCAAACUCUUCUGUUUGAAAACCCAGGGCCUUUGAUCUUGAUGAAUUUUCAUCGCUGCUGAGCCCGUAGAAAAUGGGACUUGGAGGUGCCAACUGCCACAAAGGCUGAGUGCUAGAGAUUCUUGCUAGCACACUAGUCAUAUACUCAUGACCCAUAUUUUUGUCUGUUACAAACUAUCAAUUCAUUAAGUCAGCUCUCAGUUCCAGUCAUUUGUGCAAAGUGAACAAUUGCUUCACUGCUUGCCUACACCUAAUGUUGAGUGCUAAGGGCAACCCUUCAUUCAUUUAAGCAUUUUUUUUUUACAGGAUUUAGCUGCAAAAUACUGUCUACAAGUUUAAUAUUAGUGAUGCAUGUAUUGUUGUAUGUUUCAAGAAUGUUUCCAACUGCUUAAUGACUCGGCGUGAGGCUAGCUAGCUGAUGUGUUGGUAUGUGGAACCAUACAACCCAACACUAUGCUAAAUGCUGGUGUUUGGCCUUAGGCUUAUAAAGGGAUACUUUUCUCUAUAUGACAAAGACUUUUUGAACUGGUAGAGUUUGUUUACAUGCUUGGCAAACUGGAAAUGAUGUUCACCAUUCUCUUUGCUUGAUGAUAGCAGUUCAUUCUCACCUUGGGAUACAGAUCUAUGAAUAUUUUAGUCUGUCCUUUGAGCCAUUGGUCAAGAUUUGGGGUAAUUUGAUCAUAUGUUUGUCUAGGCCAUCAAACUAACUCUCUGAGCUGUUUUCAUUGAUAUUCUAACCUCAGGUUAAUCACAUCUUCAUUGGCUUUCUAGUGGAAACAGGUCCUGGCAGUCAGUCCUGCUAUGUCAUUAUGGUACUUGGUGCUGGGAUAAACUAAUUAUUCUCUAGGAUUGAUUAAUAUCAUAUUUCUUACUAUUGUUUUUAAUAGAAUUGUUUCACAUGUAAGAUGCAUAGUUCCACUAGCCUAUGAAGUCUAUAUUUGUCCCUUUCCUUCUCUGUAUGUAAUUCUCUUCAGAAUAUGGGUCACCCAAGCCAUAUAGAUCCUAGAUAUCCAUUUUAUAACCACGUCUGGAUUUAAUGGCUCAUUUACCCUUCCUCUUCCCAUGGGAUAACAUUUGACAUAACCUGGAACUGAGGAUGACCUGAUGAAAUGGCCAAACCAAAUGAGGGUAAGACUCUUUACCCUGCAGGUUUGAGUGGCAGCUGUUGCUUCCAAGAUUUCCCCCCCCCCCCUUUUUUUAAGCUAUGGUUUUGAGCUAAUUAUUCAGUUAAUUCUUACCACCAAGGGACCUGGUAUUUCAACACAGACUUUGUCUGUUACCGACAGUAAGUGAAUUGCUCAAUCCAGGUUUGGUUACAAAAUGGGACUCUAGCAUCCCUCCUUUAUUUCUCGGUAGUUGAUAUAGGCUUUAUUCCCCAUCAGGUUCAAAGUAAGGUUGCUACACAGCUUUUAAUAAACAUAUACUCCCUAUAUAGUGUUCAGAAUCCCAGGAGGGAUGAUAUAUAUAUAUAUAUAUAUAUAU